AUGAUCGAGCUGUCUAACAUGAACACGGUUUCUGAAGCGCAGGCUUUAAAGGAAAGGUGAGCAGUUUCGCAAUGAUUUGUUUUUUUAAUAACAGAACUAACACUAUAGGCACAUGGUGAAACACGGAGAUCUUUUUGGACAAUGCCUUCAAGACCUCACAAAGCUUAUGACUAGGUUGGCUGAAGAUUCUGGCCUUGCUGGACCAUUUUCUAUUGUCUCAAGAGAUGGCAUCGAACAGGUAUAUAAACUCAAUUCAUUGCUAUUGCCCCUCGGUGUUUGCAGACUCAAUUGAGAGUAUUUUAAAGCUGUAAAAACAGGAAAAGAUGCGCCGUUUCCCUCUAUUCUGGCAUCAUCUGGAAACUUGAUUGCAAACAAAUUAGAAAAGGCUCUAUUUCGCAAAUUAAUAAGAUUUUGUUAUAGUUAUUGCAGCCGAAAAAGUCUCUGACAAUCGCGCUCUAGCGCUCUUCACGUGAAUUUAGUGCUAAAUUGUAAAAGGUCGCGGCCUCCGUCGAUUGCUUCAGCCCGGCGCCAAUUAAAAAUAGAGAAAGUUCUUCCAGAAUUCAAAUGAAAAACAACUUAAAUUCGUUUCGCGCCUGGAAAAUUAGGCCCCAGAGAUCAUAAAAAGAAGGGUUUCGCAACAGAGCACUAACUCCAAUUAGUAGGAGCAUUAUUUUGAGAGUAGCUAGAUGGAUGGUUCCCGAUCUUUUCCUAAUCUUAAACCCAUUUGUACGGGUCUGAGAAUGCUUGUUUUAAAGAAUAUAGUCAAUUUAUAAUGCGCCUUAAUAAUGAGUGAGCGAAAUACUGUAUAGGGAGUCAAUGAUAAUAUUUAUAAGUAUAUGAUGAGUGAGUCAAAGAUCACAUGAGUCAAUGAUGAGUGAGUCAAAGAAUGGAAAUGAGAGUCGAUAAGGAUCGAGUCAAAGAAUGAAAGGAGAGUCAAUGAGUAUAUAUUUUUGGGUAGUCAAUGAUCGAAAAAGUCAAUGAUGAUUAAGUCAGUGAUCGAAGGCUGUCACAGCCGGGUUUUCACGUUGGAUGCUAAAGCGACAUUGCCCGAUUUUUGGGGUGCUAAUAGUUCAGUAAAAUCGUAUUAGAUUACAGUUAAUUUUUCCUGGCUUCCAAUUUAAUUAUUAUGGCGGCAUUUGACUGCAAUCGCGCUCUACCACAAUCCCACGUGAAAACCCGGCCGCGACCACGACCUUUUCCAAUUUAGCACUGAAUUCACGUGGUGUGCGGUAGAGCGCGAUUGCAGUCAAAUGCACCCUAAUAGAAAAUAUUAUGAUUGCAAUGUAUUUAAAAUAUUGUUAUCUAAUCCAUACAUUUUUGUACUCUAAUACGAACUCGUUUGAAAUGGAAUUUGCUUCAAUUAAUUGCAGUAGAGUUCCCAGAGAUCUCAGGUUUUGAACCUGUUUUGGAUUACGCUCGGCAUAAUCCCUUCAGUACAUUUCUUCUUGUUUAGAUUGCGGCCCUUCUUCCGAGAACCAACUCCGAUCUCCUUCGAAUUGAUUCCAUGACACAAAUGAAAGUCAAUAAGUGAGUUUCAACAAACUCUACGAACGAAGGUAUUAUAGGGACACCGAACAGAAAGGGCGCUCUAUUGAGAAACUUUUUUGCAGUGCAAAUUGAGUGAGCUCGGGGCUGAGUUUGAAAAGUUAGGCCACGUUUUCAGUGGAAAAUUACUUUGCGGACUAGAAAUUCGGCCAGAUUGCGAACAGAGCGCCCUUUCUAUUCGGUGCCCCUAUAAUAGUCCCGAAUGGCGGUACCAAGGGUUGACCAUUUUUUUUACUAUUGUCUUAUGAUGCCCAGUCCAGGCCAUCCCCAUGGUUCUAGAAGUCUUGCUAUACUUCAGAUAUGGGCAACACAUUAUGGAAACGUUAGCGCUAUAUUGGAGGCAAGUUGAUGGUGAGUAUUAGAAUUUUCGGUAUAUCAUUAUCCUUUCUGCACCUAAAAAUUUUUCUGGAAAUAAACCACGUUGUCGAGAACUGCUUGAAAUUGGAGUUACAUUUCGACGAAUGCAUAAUUAGUAGUGACAAAUAAAGCCAGAAAAUGGUAGUGAUAGCCUAUUUGCCCACAUACGCUUCAACGCGUCGUGAUAUUGAUCAAUGUCUGAGAAAUAUUAUUUAGAACGCGAGGCAGAUGAUAUUACCAAGCAAUUGGAUAAAUUGAAAAACGGAGAUAUGGUCAUGGGAGGAUUCGCACAAUUUUCAGCAGGUAUAUAAAAUAUUGCAAAGUAAAUCAUACGAGUUCUUUAGCUGCUACACGGAAACCUUCAAGAACAGUUCCUGUAAGAGCCAAAAGGAAAACUACUGUGAGGUAUGCUACUCGGACAACUCGUAACUAAUUAGAUACGAAUCGAGGCUAAUCUAAAUAUAAUCAUAGUACGAAUUGACACGCAGAGUGUCAAUUAGCAUAGCUUCAAGCUUGUUAAAAAAUCAAAAAGUUGUAGACUUUCCGCCUCUCUCAACAGUUCUCCAAUCCCGCAAUGAGGACGUGGAGUAUGACUAAUGUAAAUGCAAACGCGCUGUGAUCAGGGCUGGGCAAUUGGCCGGCCCGGGCUUUUUGUUGGCCGACCAUUGACCUGGACAUUUGAACCACUUGCAAUAUUCCGAUCGGACCCAAACUUUCCAGGAUUGUUGGACUUGGAUUGAGGGCCAUUGGGACCAAGUUUCAGCCCGAUCAAAUCGUUGGGUCCCGAGAUAUGUGGAUCAUUGGCCGAUUUUUUCCUAAAAGCCCGGGCUUCCGGCCAAUUUCGGCCAAUGAUCCACAUAUCUCGGGAACAGAUGAUCCGAUCGGGCUGAAACUUCGUCCCAGUAUGCUUCAACCCAUGUACAAGAAGCAUGCAAAGUUUGGGUUCGAUCGAAGUAUUGCAAGUGGUUCAAAUGUGCAGGUCAAUGGUCGGCCAACGAAAAGCCCGUGCCGGCCAAUUGCCCAGCCCUGGCUGUGAUCAAAUUUCCUAAAUGUUCGUUAUGAUCUAACUCUUUAAGAUAGGGGUGCUACACAAUAGACACUAAAUUUAAUUUUUUUAUUUACUUUCAAUGUCCCCAUCCCGACCCCGCGUAUGCUAGUCAUUUUCUGGCAACCCCAAUUGCGCUAGUAGAACUCAUGGACCAUCAUUUUCGGGCCUAUGCAGAGGGUAUAGGUUGUUUGCGUUAUUUGCCGAGUGAAAAAUGGUAAUUGAUGCAAGACCAUCACAACAAAACGCGCUAUUAGCCCCGCAAAAGGUGGAAAUCCCGCUUCAAGCAUUCAUUCAUUCACAAGACUUUUGAAACCUGGGCCUCCUGCGCGGGGCGAGCUCACGCUCGAAAGCGGCCACGCCGUUUGUUUCUUUCUUAUACCUGUUCGGAAGUUCACGUGUUCAUUUCUCAAUUUCUGUCACAAAUUUUUAGUUUUAGAAAUGAAGUGGGGACGGACGAACAGAGAAAUAAACAAACAUACAAGCAAAUAGACAGAAUGACAAACCCGCGAAGGAUUAUAUUAAUAGUAAUUAUUCGAGUCCAGAUCAUAGGCGCUCCCUAGGAAAUGAUCAACAGGUUAGGGCCGCGACUGACAUAGUUCGAUAGCUUAUACCAAGAGGAUCAAAUGUUCUGUUGAUCGUUUUUGCUGCCGGCACCUGGAUUUCGAGAAAAUGGCGCCGGAAAAUUUCCACUGAAAUCUUGUAUUUUAGGCAAUUUUUUUCCCUCGUAACAGUCGCGUGAACUCCCUUGAUAUCAAAGUAUUCGGAAACAACUGAAAUCAUCGGUUGGAUGGUGCAGUGGGUAUUGGGUUCGACUAGUAGGCAAGGGGUCUGUCCCCACUCUCUAUAAAAUUUUUUUGCUUUCUUUUGUCGACUGAAUAUCUGGGUCAAACGAGGUUUCUUGAUGAUUUUCACACAUUUGAUGACUCUCCACAACCGUCGUCCAAAACUCCCUCAUCCGUCGUCCAAAACUCCCUCAUUUUUUGGAGACCUAUAUCUUCAGAACCCACCAUCAAUAAUGAUCAAUUGCAAAGUCGUUGCAAAUUUUGUGUUGAACAACUUCGUUGUUGAUCAUUUUAUACCAAAACACUUCAUUCUCAUUUUAUACUCUUGUUUGUAACCUCUAUUUUAUCUAUUUCAUUUUUCAAAAACUUGUCUUCUUUGUGAAUGAGAAACAGUAUAAAAUGAGAAUGAAGUGUUUUGGUAUACUUAAAAUGAUCAACUACAAAGUUGUUCAACACAAAAUUUGCAACAACUUUCCAGUUUAUCAUUUUUUUUAAUUGAUAGUGGGCUCUGAAAAUAUAGGUCUCCAAAGAUGAGGGAGUUUUGGACGAUGGUAACUUUGAGGCCUCAAAUCAGGCCCUAAAUGUGAAUUUUGAGAAAAAUGAUGUACUGCAAUCGUGCACAACUCUUCAUGCUCUAUCUAAUGAUAUAAUAAUCUGACCAACUAAAAAAAUUUUUGAAGGCCAUAUUUUAAUGGAAAAUAGUGUGUUUCUUCAAAACUCUAUUUAUUCGAUUUUUGAGUUGCUUCGGUUGUGGAGAGUCAUCAAAUGUGUAACAAUCAUCAAGAAACCUCGUUUGACCCAGAUAUUCAGUCGACAAAAGAAAACAAAAAAAUUUUAUAGAGAGUGGGGACGGACCCCUUGCCUACUAGUCGAACCCAAUACCCACUGCACCAUCCAACCGAUGAUUUCAGUUGUUUCCGAAUACUUUGAUAUCAAGGGAGUUCACGCGACUGUUACGAGGGAAACAAAUUGCGUAAAAUACAAGAUUUCAGUGGAAAUUUUCCGGUGCCAUUUUCUCGAAAUCCAGGUGCCGGCAGCAAAAACGAUCAACAGAACAUUUGAUCCUCUUGGUAUAAGCUAUCGAACUAUGUCAGUCGCGGCCCAUAAGGCCAACUUACCUGUUGAUCAUUCCCUAGUCAGGUAAAUCGGUGUAAUCUAGCUAGUUAACUCGCGUUUCUAACAGGACCUAAUUAGAUCGCUAAUUUACUGCUUUUAGAUUGCAAAUUCUUCUUACUGGACUGAUAAAAUUUUUAAUUAGACUGGCGAAGCUAAUUAGAUUGCAAAAACACUGAUAUUAGAUUCAAAAUUUAUCUAAUUAGAUUAAAAUUUCGGGCAAACCUAGCUAGAUUAUGCUUAGAUUGCAAAAUCAGCUAGCUAGAUUCAGAAAUCUGUAGCAAUCUAACUAGGUCCGGUUAGAAACGAGAAUUAGCUAGCUAGAUUACAAACGAUUUACCUAAGUGUUUUGAAUUGUGCCGCGUCAACGGGGAGCCACAAUCUCGUAGGUCGCCAUUUGCCUCUAGCGCAGUUGUAGUCAAAUUUCUAUCUCGGUCCAUAUGAAUAGGUACCGCAACGGGUUUCGCAAAACUCCGAGUUUCCACAAAAUUCUUGUUGGAAUGUGUUCCCCUACUCUAUAUGAGUACGCUCCCAACUUUUUUCUCGAAAAUUUUCGGUACAUCCCGAGUUACACCCCUUCAAAGUUGGCCUGUUUUCUCCCCGGUCGGCGGUCGAGGAGGGGGCGGAGCUUCGCCAGCAAGUGCGCCGCGCGCGGUUUUUGUCCUUUUCUGACGGACCAAGCCAAAUAUGCAACAAAAAAAUGAACAGACAUGAUGUUCUUAAAAAGCUAAACAACUUUCGAGGACAAAAGUUCUGAACCCGGCACCUCCAGACUGCCGAGCGAUCACUUUGCCACUGCGCCAACCGGGCGGAGGCUCGCCCACCGCCAUUGGCGUAGAGAAGCUCGCUGUGCGCGGCCCUUUCCAGCUGCGAAAUUAGUGCCUUUGCGGGCUGAAAUCCAUAACAUAACUGACUGUAACUUUUUUCGGGUACUAGGUAGAUGAGAAAGUUUAACAUGGAUCGGUCGGAAAUUUGAUGCUGAAUCCGAUUCUGUAAAAAUUAGCCGCGUGUAAGGUACCUGUGACCCUCAAAUCUCCCGAAAACUAAAAUUUCGGCCGAAUGGGCCCUACUCAAACAAGCACAAAUCUGGUCCUAGUGGGUCUAGAGCUCUGAAAAUUUAUAUUUGGGUUCUCAUUGACUUUAUCUAUGCAUUCCAAAAUUAAAAAAGUAUGGUCAUCGCUGAAAAUUUUCCGCUAACUUUUCUGGCAGUUUGAGGAUCUGUAAAAAACUUUAGGGUACUAGGGAGCCCGAAUCUGACUUCAAAAACGGAUUCCCCAUCCCUUUGUCGGAAACAGUUAAAAGUAGGCGCGUGUAGCCAUAAACUUGGCCACACAGGCUCUCAGACUGACUUCCAUUUUCGUUUUCGCGGUUUUUCAAGAGAACGGUACGUUUUCACGUGAAAUGGAGUUGUUCAUUGGAUUCAGCAUGGUCGAUUACAUAAGUUAAAACUUUUUGGGUAUGGUACUUCAUUUGGGGACCUCGGUACAGACCGUCAAACACGCGCGCGCGAAAAUCGGGAGAAAAUUCGUCAGUAUGAAUCAUAUGAUAUUCGUUUUCAAUAUUAAAUUUCCUAUCGUUUGAAAAAAAUUAAGCUGUCACAACGAACAACAGAAAAAUCCUAAUUUUCCCAUAUUUAUAUCAGCUCAAAUCUCUGCAGCUCAGCUAAAUGCUCAUCCCGGAUACCGAAAAUAUCGCGUUCUGUGGCGCCUGCUCGUGCUCUGCAAGGAAAACGCAUUGCCUCAAAGCCUUCGAUGAAGCGGUCUCAUCUAUUCCCGAACGAACUAAUCUAA